AUGCUGCUCAGCGGAGCUGUGAUGCUACUGUUGCUGCUGCCCUGGAGCACUCAGGGCCGUGCCAUACAUGGGAGCAGCAGCCCUGCCUGGACUCAGGGCCAUCAGCUCUCACAGAAGCUCUGUACACUGGCUUGGAGUGCACAUUCACCAAUGCGAGAUAUGGAUGUCCCAAGAGAAGAUGAUGAUGAAACUACAGAUGAUGUUCCUUAUAUCCAGUGUGGGGAUGGCUGUGAUCCCCAAGGCCUCAGAGACAAUAGUCAGUUCUGCUUGCAAAGGAUCCACAAGGGUCUGAUUUUUUAUGAGAACCUGCUGGGCUCAGACAUUUUCACAGGAGAGCCUUCUCUCCUUCCAGAUGACACUGUAGGUCAGCUUCAUGCCUCCUUACUGGUCUUCAGCCAACUCUUGCAGCCUGAGGGUCAUCACAGGGAGACUCAGCUGACUCCAAGCCCCAGUCCCAGCCUGCCAUGGCAGCGCCUCCUCCUGCGUCUCAAGAUCCUCCGCAGCCUCCAGGCUUUCGUGGCUGUAGCUGCCCGGGUCUUUUCCCAUGGAGCAGCAACCCUCAGCCCCUAA